UGAUUCUUACUCUACAGGCCAGUACAUCCCUAGCUGCAUCAGAGUGGACAACAUCAAUAUGACAUAGAUGCAGCAUACACUACAGUAUGGACCAGUGUUAUUGAAAUAAAAUUGGAAGUACAAAAGAGUUUAAAUACUUCCUAACAGAUAUUUGUAUUUGGCCUUGAUGAACAAUGAAACAAAAAUGGACAAUAGUUGGCCAGUUUGGAUUUAUUUUGUGAGGUCAUUUCUAUGUGAAUCAUUGUAGAUUUUCCAUCUGGAUGAUAAUACAAUUUUUGGAUUUACAAUUUGUUCAAAAGGCCAGAGAUUGAUAAACCUUUGGAACAUGUACUUCAGAACGAUAUCUAACAUAACCACAGACGUGGAGGAGUUGGUCAGUGUGAACCAACCCCAACACAAUGCCUACCUUUGGGUAGUCAUAACGAUGAUUGUCAUCAUCAUCUUCAUGGGUUUUAUUGGAAAUGUAAUGGUGAUUGUGGUGGUGAAGACAACAAAGAAACUACAGACUGUCUCCAACUACUUCAUCAUCAACCUCAGCAUCUCCGAUUUAAUCUUCGUCUGUUGUGUCCUGCCCUUCAAUAUCUAUACAUUCAUCACAGACGGAUGGUAUAUGGAGGAAACUCUGUGUAAAUUUAUUGGAUUCAUGGGAUACAUGCUAACUGGAACAACCAUAAUUACUGUGGUACUUAUAGCCUACAACCGAUACAAGCUUGUGACUGAUAUGAUGGGGUACAGACGACUCUACAGCAAAACUAAUAUUGCUGCAAUGAUAACAUUAUCAUGGACACUGCCGGUCAUUUUCCUGAUUCCAGCCAUUACAGAACUGUGGGGAAAAUUUGGUUAUGUUCCAAUGAUGGUGACAUGUAAUCUGCUUCUGGAUCACAACAGUCAGAUGUUUAAAAUAUUUUUGUUGAUUGUAAGAGCAGGAAUUCCUUGCGGACUUAUUGUGUACUUCUACAUCAAGAUAUACAUGACAACCUACAACAGUUCAAAGAGGAUUCUGUCCAAUAUGAGACUGCUUGCACCAAUGGAUACAAACAAUUUGCGACGGGAAAUGCACCUCACAAAAAUGAUGGUGGUGAUUUUCUUGGUGUUUGCGAUUUCUUACUUUCCGUGCACCAUAACUGGUCUUAUAGACUGGAACCAUAUCAUGUCCAAGACUUUCCACAUGUUCUGUGCUACCACAGUGUAUAUUGGCAGUGCAUUAAACCCGUUGUUAUACGGGCUGUUUAAUCAACAAUUCAGAGAUGCAUACAUCAAGUUACUGUGCAGGAACAAACAAAAUGCACCUAUUCCAGUGAAGCACUGACAGUUCGAAACCACAUUAAAUUGUUUUGUACAUGGCCUACACAUUGUAUUUACAAGAAUACUGCCAAUCCAACUUUUGUAAAAAUAUGUUUUAGAUGAUACAUCAAUGUAAAAAAAAAAAUCAUGAAAUCAUUUUUGUGUAUAUCAUCUGAGAGUGAUCAUAUUAAAAUCACCAGAAAAAACUGAACUAAUAAGAAUGAAGUCUCUAAAAUUUCUACAGAACUUUUCUUUAUAUACAUGUAAAUAUCUCUACUAGGACUGAGGUUAAGUAACAAUUUAUUUCAAUAUGAAAAGUAAAUUUGAAAUUUCAUGAAACAUGUACUCUAAAAUAAAUAUUCAAGAAAGAAGUUUCUCUUCGAGAUUUCAGAGGACACGAGUUGGAGCAUCAGCAUAUUAGUUAUUUUGUUAUCAUAAAUGAGAAUCAUAUCAGUGUUAUUGUUGUUGUUUUUAAUGUGUUUCUGAUGUUUCU